UGAUCAUGUCAAUCUAGAUAUCGAUAUGAUUAUUGUUGUGCUAGUUGGCGACAUUGCACAAAGCCCAAGGUUCAAAAUUAAAGACUACAUUACAGCCGUUCUGAAAGUAUAACGCAAAAUCAUAAGGAGGCGAAAUGCAUAUCUUGGGCGUAGGCUUGCACAUGAGAUUGUUUAUGGCAAUUGGGAGAGCUCUUUCAAGACGUUUCCAAUAUACAUGGCAGCUCUACAACACUUCAAUGCUGGUACUGUUGUUGAAUGGAAGCUCAAGUCGAAACCUGGUGUGGUCGGUAAUAUUUUUCAGUUUGUGUUUUGGGCAUUCAAACCAUGCAUUGAUGGUUUUGCUCAUUGCCGGCCAGUAAUCUCAAUAGAUGGCACAUAUGUGUAUGAGGUAUAUGACAUCAAGCUACUAAUUACAGUUGGAAUGGAUGCGAAUGGGUCUAUAUUCCCCCUGGCUUUUGCAACUGCAGCUAAUGAGAGCACAGAGACAUGGGGUUUGUUUUUGACCUACUUGAGGCAACACGUUAUUAAGGAUCGAAUGGGUAUAUGUGUUAUAUCAGAUAGAAAUGCUGGCAUAUUGAGCAAUAUGUGGGACUUGCAUGGGUGGCAACCGCCUUUUGCCCACCAUCGUUAUUGUUUAAGGCAUUUGAAGGCAAAUUUUUAGAAGGCAUAUCGAAGCCCCACACUGAACAAUUGGAUGUGGGCGGCUGCAACAGAGCAUCAGGAG